GAGGAGGCCUCUCGGAAAGGGCGACACCCUGCGGCCAAACGAGACACUUCCACAGUGCGUCGCGGUCUGACAUCACACUUCGCAAAAUGGCGACGUCCCUCGGCUCCAACACUUACAAUAGACAGAACUGGGAAGACGCGGAUUUCCCGAUUCUCUGUCAAACAUGUUUAGGAGAAAACCCUUACAUCCGAAUGACCAAAGAGAAAUAUGGGAAAGAAUGCAAGAUCUGUGCACGGCCUUUUACCGUAUUCCGCUGGUGUCCAGGGACACGUAUGCGUUUCAAGAAGACCGAAGUUUGUCAGACUUGUAGUAAAAUGAAGAAUGUUUGUCAAACAUGUCUGCUGGAUCUGGAGUAUGGUUUACCCAUCCAGGUUCGAGAUACUGGCCUUGCCAUUAAAGAUGACAUUCCUCGCUCGGAUGUGAACAAAGAAUACUUUACACAGAACAUGGAGACGGAGUUAGCUGAUUUGGAUGCCGCAUGGCCAGGCGGUCAGGGCGGCAAGGCGGCCAGCUCUAGUGACAUGUUGCUGAAACUGGCUCGCACAACACCAUACUACAAGAGGAACCGUCCACACAUCUGCUCCUUCUGGGUUAAGGGCGAGUGUAGGAGAGGGGAAGAGUGUCCUUACAGGCAUGAGAAGCCCACAGAUCCUGAUGACCCGCUCGCUGACCAGAACAUCAAGGAUCGUUACUAUGGCAUCAAUGAUCCAGUUGCUGACAAGCUUCUGAAACGGGCCUCCACCAUGCCCAGGCUGGACCCCCCAGAUGACAAGUCCAUUACCACACUGUACAUUGCAGGUCUUGGCGAAACAGUCACGGAUGGAGAUCUCAAGGGCUUCUUCUACCAGUUUGGUGAGAUUCGUACCAUCACAUUGGUACAAAGGCAGCAAUGCGCCUUCAUCCAGUUCGCCACACGGCAAGCUGCUGAAAUGGCCGCAGAAAAUUCAUUCAACAAGCUCAUCAUCAAUGGUCAGAGGCUCACGGUCAAGUGGGGAAGGUCCCAGGCAGCAAGAGGAAAAGAGGGCGAAGGAGUUAGUGAGAUGGGUACCAGACUUGAUCCUGUGCCAGGACUACCAGGAGCGUUACCUCCACCACCACCUCUUGAUGAAGAACCUCCAGCAAAUUAUUUCAACCUGGACCCAAGUACUUCUCCAGCUGUCAUGAACCUUACUUUGCCACCACCCCCAGGCCUCAACCCGCCUCCUCCAGGUUUUGGCCCGCCAAUGUUUCACCCCAUGGGUCCCAUGGCUCCACCAAUGCCCCCGCCCAUGGGCAUGAGACCUCCAGGUCAAAUCCACUACCCUUCUCAGGAUCCCCAGCGGAUGGGUGCCCACGCUGCACACGGUGCACGCCAUGGCGAUUAGUGACCAGGCCCAAACUCUACUCUUUUUUUCAUACCAUACUGUCUGUGGGCUUGGAAACACGCUGUGGACUACAUAGAAUUACAAACUCCAACAUGCAUAAUAUUAUUAGAUUUAUUCGGCAUCCGCGGUGCAGUGCACCAACUGAAUCAGCGCAGGCUUUUUUUUUAAACAAUGUUAAUAUUCCAUUGUGUAAUGACUUAGUUCAAUGAUAUGUUUUCUUUGGAUAUUUCUUUGACCUAUUAAAACGAUGCAUUACAGUCUUUCAUAGUCUUUGUGGAUAAUCAAACUCGGCGUUAGAAAAAGUGAAACAUCAAAGAGGCUUGUUGGACAUAUUGAAAUGAUUGCAAAGGAGUGGUAAAUAAAGUUUCUGUUAAUUUCCUGGAAAAAUUAAGAUGAAUUUCCCAUAAA